GGGUAGUAAACUUGUAUUGUUGCAGUAUAGGGAAGAGGUUUGUUAAAAAAGGCAAUUUUCCAAUUUGGAUUAGGGAUUUCGAAUCCUGAGCCUACUUGUUCUUCUUCUUCUUCUUCUUCUUCUUCUUACGAGAUUAGGGUUUUGGGGAUUUACGAGAAGGAAUCAAAGAAUCAAUGGCUCGAAACGAAGAGAAAGCUCAGUCUAUGCUCAACCGAUUCAUCGCCUUGAAAGCCGAGGAGAAGAAGAAGCCCAAAGACCGCCGUCCAUACCUAGCCUCAGAAUGCCGAGACCUCGCCGAAGCCGACAAAUGGCGCCAGCAGAUCAUGCGAGAGAUUGGCCGGAAAGUCGCCGAGAUUCAAAACGAAGGUCUCGGCGAGCACCGACUCCGCGACCUCAACGACGAGAUCAACAAGCUCAUACGCGAGAAAUCCCAUUGGGAGCGACGAAUUGUGGAGCUCGGCGGCCCGAACUACACGAAACACUCGGCCAAGAUGACCGACCUCGAAGGCAACAUAGUCGACGUCCCAAACCCUAGCGGCCGUGGCCCAGGGUACCGAUACUUCGGCGCGGCGAAGAAGCUGCCGGGAGUUCGAGAGCUAUUCGAAAAGCCGCCGGAGCUGAGAAAGCGUCGGACACGGUACGACAUAUACAAGAGGAUCGAUGCGAGCUAUUACGGAUACAGGGACGAUGAAGAUGGGGUUUUGGAAAGGGUUGAAGGGCCUGCCGGAGAGAAAAUGAGGGCUGAAGCGGUGGCGGAGUGGCGGAGGAUGGAGGAGAUUCGGAAGGAGGCGAGGAGGGCAGUGAAGAGCGGCGAGGUGGUGACGGUGGCGAAGGAAGUGCUGUUCGAAGAGGAAGAGGAGGUGAUUGAGGAGGAAAGGAGGAGAGAGAGGGAACUGAAAGAGAAGGACGAGAAGGAGAGAGAGUUUGUGGCUCAUGUGCCAUUGCCGGAUGACAAGGAGAUAGAGAGGAUGGUACUGGAGAAGAAGAAGAUGGACUUGUUGAGUAAAUAUUCAAGUGAUGUGCUUUUGGAAGAACAGAGUGAGGCUAAGCAGAUGCUCAACAUUCAACGCUAGAUUUGGGUAUGGGUUUCGUGGAAACUUGGCGAUUGUUACCAGCUCCAGCAAGUAAUAUAUUGGAGUAACAGUUUCAUAGUUCUAAGCUUUUUGUGGAUGCCAAGUUGGAGGAAAACGCUAACACACAACAAAUUAUCAGCAUCCUAGAGAGUAGCAGGUUGGUAUAUUCAAGAUGGAGAAAUGUGUUAAUCUAGUGAGCAACUCCAAGUUGGUUUAUUGUUGUCAAGAAUUCGACCACAAGGACAUUACUGGGGGAACUGAAGCUUCGUUACAUAGGACUCCCAUCUCCUGGUCAAUUAACGCAUAGAAAAUAAUCUAUUGAAUAUAAUCUUUUGUUUUUUUAUUAUUUUUUUUUUCUUUCUGUUUUUUGAUUCUAGAUUUACAUGAAUUCUGCAAUGGCUUCCCUUUAA